CGCCCUGCGCAUGCGCUGCUGCUCAGCACCGGGGCUCCCCGCAGUGGCCGCGGGCGCUAGGAGUUGCGGAAGCUCGUGCCGCGGAGGAGAGGUCUGCGGAGAGACUUGGCGGCGGCGGACGGGCAGGCAGGCCCGCCGGAGUGCGAGGCAGUCCUCUCAGUGGUGUGGGUUCCAUCUUUCAUUCUUACUGGUCCUGCUUUGUACCAUUUCACUGAUCCACAUUUACUUGAAGGGCGCAGCUGGGCUAUAGAUUUGACAUCUAAGUUGAUGGGGCUUUUUAAGUGUCUUUCUGAAGCACUGUAGCACAUCAUGAAGCUUCUCCACAUGCUCUGCACAAACUGGGGUGCUUAACUUGUGAAAGCAGGUGGGGUCCAUGGAGAAUGUGCUCUACUAAAUGGCUGUGAAUUAACUGUGGAAGAAUGAGCUGUCGGAACAACACAGAAGUGUCCACUCUGUUGACCUCAUUGAAGUCUGGAGAAUGGACAUUUCUGAGGUGGUGGAGGAGAAUUGGUGAAGAUAGCAGGUCACAGAUGAUGAACUGAUUCUGGUAUCUCCUCCUGCUUUCCAGUCCUCACAGUGUUGUUAAGGCCACAGUGUUUCUGGACCCUGCAGGCCAAUGGAUGAACAGGACAAUGAUUUUAAAGAGCUGUGGGCAAAUAUUUUGGGUAGAGGAAAUAAAAAAGCUGGGGAUACUGAGACAGCAAAAAGGGCUCAGAACAGGUCAAAGAGCACUGCAGCAAGAAGCAAAUUAAGAAGAGGCAAAGCUGCUGCUAAGAGCCAAAACCAUCAUCGCUUACCAGCUGUGAAGGAGACAUACUUGCCUCAAGAUUUGGGACCAAAGGAACAAACAUUGGUGCACAAAGAAGAUGGUGAUGCUGUGGCCUGUAACAGUGGUGAGGCUGUACAAGGGGAUGGAAAGAGAAACCCUCUCUCUGCCAGCCAGCCAAGUCCAGUAACCAAUGGGUGUGGCCAAAGGACUCUCUCAGUAAAUACUCUGCGUGGCUGUUCCCAGACUAUGUUAUCCUUCUAUCCUGCUACACAGCCAGGGACCUGCUCUUCACCCACCUCAAAGGUACCACUGCUUGCAGGGUCGAAGAUGCGGGUAGCAGAGCUGGUAGUGGAGAGGAUGCAGCAGUUCAAGAGAGUGGCACCUGAGCAGCUAAAACACAGCACAGACGAUGGUUUGCCAAAGUUUGUAGCCAAUGGAGAUUUCCCGGAUGAAAGCAAGGAGCAGAACCCACCAGAGGAUGAUAUCCACCAUCUUCCCUCCAUGGAACAUGACGGUGCUCUGGCUUUGGCUCUUCAGCAGGAAACCAAAGAGGAAGCCCUGGCAAGCCUGGAAGAUGCAGGCUUGUUUUUUUGUCAGAUCUGCCAGAAGGAUCUCUCAGCCAUGAACACAAAGCGACGAGAGCAGCAUGUUAACAGGUGUCUGGAUGAGAUGGAAGAGGCACAGCUGUCAUCCUCCAGCAAACCACUGGUCCCUGAAUGUCCCAUCUGUGGGAAGCAGUUCCAGACUCCACAGAGCCGAGUCAGUCACCUGAAACGCUGUGCUGUUGAGAUGAACGUGCCCCCUAAGAUGCUGCUUCAGGCAGUGCAGUUGCAGGUUUCCACCCUUGGUGAAGCACCUCUUCAGUGUCCCAGCAAUCAACCAAGCAGGUCAAAGCGAAAAGGCUCCUCCAAAGAGGCAUUGAAGAAAACGCAUAAGAGGGCCAAAAUGGAGACUAAGGAUGAAGAUUUUCUGGUUGCUAUGGCAAUGUCAUGCUCUUUGUUGGAGCAAGAAAAGCAGAAGCAAGCAAAAUCAGUGACAAACGUGAAACCAGUGGCUGCUUUGCCAAUCAGAUGGAAGCCAGGAUCAGAGAAAAAACGGUGUAAAAGAGGCCCAACCACACCUCCACCAUUACUACUUCAGGACCCGGAGAAGGUCCACAAAAGGAUCCAAGAGCGAGUAGCAAUGCUGCUUGUAAAGGAGGUGGAAUUCCCUCCCACGCCUCAGCUUCCCACUAGUAGGAUUUUGGAGAACGAAUCUGGGAAAGCAACCUGGCUUUUGCCAUUGUCCGAAGCUAAGGAGUGCUUUUUAUGGAAUAUCAGUGCUCUGACAGGACAUUAUGACCCUGAAUCAUUCUACACUGCUGCAUUAACCCCUCCAAUUGUACCUUGGAAGCCUAUGCAGAAUCAUAAACCUGAGACCCUUCUGCUGUCAGUGGGAUCUUCUCAGCCAAAAGUAUCCCAGCAAAUUCAGCCUGAACUCAGUUCUCAUGAGCCCACUUGCACAGAGGGUGGAGGCAAAGCUUCUUAUGAAUUCAAGUCAGGCUCUGAAGGAGAUGGGCAGUUUUCAUCUCUCAGCCAGAAGGAUGCGCAAGUCCUGCAGGACCUUGUUGACCUGGCCACGGAAGGACUUACCCUUACUCAGAGGAACCUUGAUGCUGGCCACAUACAGGAAGCAGAGCAACCAGGAAAAGAAAUGACUUCCAGUGAUAUUCCACAUAGUGGCUUCGUGCCCCCAUCCAAAGAGAAGAGCCUUCUGACAAGCAGCUGUAAAAAGUCCUCCCUCAGGUUGCUCGCUGAAGAUUUUGGUGCAAUGGUCAACAACCCCCACUUAAGUGAUGUCCAGUUCCAGGUGGACUGUGGGGAAGUCCUUUAUGCCCACAUGUUUGUGUUGUACGCGCGAUGUCCACAGGUCAUACAAGUUGUUCACAGCCAAGGACUCUUAGUGGAGGAGGAUGGGAACACACAGACACAUCGUGUACUGCUGAGUGACGUGACAGCAGAAGCAGUGUCUGCAUUCCUGCGGUACCUUUAUGCUGCUGAUGCUGACAUCCCUGCUGGGGUGCUGCCCCAGGUGCACGCUCUGGCUGCCAGGUUUGGUGUGAGGGAACUGAUGGCAAAGUGCGAAAGCAACACCGGAGAGAGUCAGGUGUCUUCUGGAGUGGAUUCAGAAGAUCUUAUCUCUGUGAUGGAUGGCAAAGAUUGUGAGGACAGAGCUGAGAACUUCCAAGACCUCUUGAAGUCGAUGUGGGUGGGUGAAGAUGAGGAAGAAGUAGCUAUGCUGAACCUUGAAUGCCAGAAGGAAGAUGGGGUGGGUGAACAGGAGCUGGAGGAAAUCUAUGAGUUUGCUGCAACUCAGAGGAAAAUGGUUCAAGGUGAAACAGAGGGGAGUGAGGGAACAGACUGCAGUAUCUGCAGUGAUACUGAGGCAGCCCAGGGUACAAAUCAGCAAACUAAGGAGGAAGAGGUAAAGAGAUCUACAUCUGCUUUAAUAAGCAACAGCUUCAAAGAUUUGAGAGAUGACAAUGAUAUGGGAAAAUCUAAAUGUGACUUGUCUGCACGGGAAGAGAAAAUGCAGGGUAUAAAUAGGUGCAAGAGGAUGAAUGAUCUACAGACCACUUUUGUGCUUCACCACAGUGGACCUCGAAAAUGGGGCAUAGCAUCCCAUGGUGCCACAACUAAUGAAGGAGAGACUAUUAAGCGAUGUGAAGGUAUGAAGGAUAACAAGUUGUCUCAGGUCUCACGUGACAAGGCAGAUCUCUGUAAAAAACAGGUACAAAGUUUCCACAAUGAUACUAAUAGAAAUGAAAGUUAUGAGCACUUGUUUUCUCAGGGAACUCAGGGAAGUUACUGUGAGCCUUCUCCACUGAAAGAAGUUAUAAAAAAAUCAGGGAAGGCUUCUAGUGAAAAAUAUGUUGAUGAUUCAUUUCUGUACAGCAAGUCACAAAAAGAUCUCUCUCCACAUAGGAACAGUUUUUGUGGGAGUCCUCUUCCCAAACCUUACGUGCCCCUUUUUCCCGCUGUUGGCUCUUCACCUGCAUCUCCAAAAUCGGAGAGAAGGUUUGUCAGUGAGCAUGUGUCAACAACAAAGCAAAACAAAGAGGAAAAAUCAUUCCCUUCUGAUGAAAUAAGCUUUCAGAAAGCCAGCGAGCUGGAUACUGCAUCAAGAAACAAGAACAUAAUUUCUCCAGCAAAGCUUCCCCACAUUGAUUUAAAUAAGGAUACAUAUGUCCCAGUGUUGUCAUCACUGGUCAUCAGAACUCAGGAUGCUGCAGCUCAGGGGAACAAGAAGAGUGAUGUUAUUGUUUUAUCUUCUGAUGAUGAAAUGGAAUUACAGCAAGACAGGAAGUGGCCAGAGUCAGGCUUUGCUCUAAAGAGAAUGGAAAUCUCUGGGCAACUGAAAUGUUCAAAUGUAGAACAAGGUCCUGAGAUAGCAAAACCUGAACAGAACUCAUCAGUCACUGAAACAGAGCAAAGAUCACCCCGUGUCUCACAUGGCAUUACAGAUACGGUGCAUAUAAGCAGUGAUGUAAAGAUGUCCAUCAGAUUGUUUCUCAGCAGACAAGUAGAUGCUUGUAUGGAGAGCAAACGGAGUCCAAACCUGAGCCCUGAAAAGAGGCUUCAUCAUGAAAUGUCUUCAGGUACAGACAGCUCCUGGCUAGUACCAGACACACCGGUUCUGAGCAAAAGCAGAAGCUUCUCAACACAGACUCAGAUCACAGGUAUUAAUUAUUUAAAAAGUCCAGGAUCUAAACUUAGCACAAAGAACUUCGCAGCAGGUAACAAUAACCAUGAAAUGACUGGAAAUUCAAUAAAAGUUCAUGAAACAACAUUGUCAGACAAACGUUUGCCUAUGGAGAACAGAGUCAGUGAAAGGAGCCCUCCCAGCAGCCCAACUGUGGAAUCAUUUUCCAUGAACUCCCCCCCAGUUUCUCCAGAGGAUCCAGUUCUGCUUUCCCCUGGCCACACUGACAUAAAAAGCAAAUGUGCCAAGAUUUCAUCUUUAUCCAAACCUGUGCCUCAAUGCCAUGAGCAGUCAUUGGAAGAUAAAACAAAUACCAGUGUGGUUGAGGUGAAGGAUAAUGAAAAGGAGAUAAGUCUGCCUUCUUUGAGCAGCAGUGUCUUGCUUUGUGACGAUCCCCCAGUCCCCACUGAUGAUUGCUGGCAUGUUGAGUAUGUGUCACCAGUCAGAGGUAACAGCCAGGACUGCAGCUGGGUCAGCCAUGCAAAGACUAGCACCACCAGCAGCCCCAGAGCUGGCCCUUGGCAUGAACAGUGGGAGAGCCCAGCCCAUGUGCAGGAAAUUAAAGGCAGUACCCCCCUUCAAGGAAGUCCUGUUGGCAGAACAACUUUGUUCUGUCUUGAAAAGAGUCCUAUUGAGGCAUGUUCAUCCAUGGGCAAUAGACCAAGUUACUUGAACUCCAAAAUCUGGGAUGACUGGAAUGGAGAAGAUAAAGAAGAUGAAUUUCCAGAGAUGCUUCCUCUGUCUCAGAGGUUGUCAGCACGUGCAUGUCAGACAGAUGUUGUAAAGACUCCUGAACCUUCCUGUCAGGAGAAUGACAAGUCUCCCACCACUCCAGUGACACCAAUGCCAGCUUACUCCAUGAUGGAGACCCCCCAGCUGAAGAAGGAGUUGAGUAGAUUUGGAGUUCGCGCUCUCCCAAAGCACCAGAUGGUGUUGAAGCUGAAAGAGAUAUUCCAGUAUACUCACCAGGACAUGGACUCUGACUUUGAGGAUGAAAUCCCAUCUUCCCAGCCUCCCCUGCAGAAGUCCCCAGCCAAAUGUUCCGGGCAGCCAAAGGCAGACCGGGCAGGAGGUGGAAAGUGUGCCAGUGCCUCAAGGACUGUGGCCAAAAGGAAGCAGGUUGCUACAGCUUCUUCAGUGCUUGUAGUCCAGAGGGCUGAUGAUGACCUUGUUGGAUCCCAUGAAGCAGGCUGUGCAGCACCCAAGGAGGGGACUAAAAUGACACAUCACCCAGAAGGAGAUACAGAGCAGAAAAAGUCAUCUGUAUCUCCAGAGAGGUGGUCUCUGGCAGCUGAUGGUGAAGAACCAAUGUUCUCAGCAUCUCAGGAGUCCACAGUUUCUUCAUUGGAUGGUAGCGACAUCUCCUUUGGUUCACAGAGUUCUUUCAUGAAUGGAUUUGAAGCCUGUGCUUUUCAGUCUGAGGAGGACGAAGAGGAGUUUAGAGCAUCUCAGGCAGCAGCUCGGGAAGAAGAAAAGAUGGAGGCAGUAAGGUGCUAUAUCCGCUCAAAUACAGCCCUGUACAACAAGAUUCUGUUCUAUGAGCCAAUUGAGCUGGCUGAUUUGCACACAGAGCUCAAACAGAACGGCAUUAAAAUUUCCAAGGCAAAGCUGCUAGACUUUCUAGAUGCUCACUGUAUCACAUUUACCACGGCUGGAGCCCGGAAAGAGAUGGAAAAGAAAAAGGAUAAAAAAAGACGGAGGAGACGGUACUGAAUGGAGUCCAUUCCUCCUUCCUGAAAAUAUCCAUGGAGCCUUCCCGACGAGCUGGAACCGCUGCUCCCGGCUGGAGCUGGCGCCGGUGCCGUCAUCGGCGGGUGUGCUUCUCCUCCUGGUGGCCUGCUCUCGAAUGACAUGCCGCGGAGUGGGUCUGAACGGAGCUCUCUGUCUAAGCCGUCUGCUGCCAACUACACAAACUCCCUCGGUCUCUGUCCUGCCUUCAGCACACAGUUUGUCUGGAGCCUCUUCCCCCCCCCCCCCGAUUUUCCUUCUGUGCCUUUUGUUUUCUUUCAAUUUUUCUAAUAGGAUUUACGUCCCCAACUUUUCUUCAUGUUGGUGCUUCUAGGGGCAGGUGCUCCCCACAGUGACAACUGCCAGGACCUUUUCCCUGGCGUUGGGCUGUGAAACACUUUAUCCUUCAGGUUCCAGUACUGAGUAGAAUAACCCAGCUGUAAUAAAUAAGUUUUUACCCUGUGUAAAGCACUGAGUGGUUAUACCCCUGUGACUUCUAUCUUAUUUUCUUCAGCAUGUGAUUUGCCCUGCUGAUAGUUAAGGCAGGGAGCACUGUGGGAAUACAAUGCCUUUUCUCCUUGGUUCCAUUAUCAAUCUCUGGUAAAACUCCUAAAUCUUUGUUUCUUAAAUGGAUGCGAAGCAAUGGAGGUGUUUUUCUAGUCUCUGUGAUGGCUCCCAAAAGCACCCUCAGACACCAGAUAUCAUGUGAAAGUCAAAGUCAAAUAUUCAGUUGUGUGUGUUCACUUGCCUGUUGGAUCCAUGUUAAAGAUACCUUCUGCUUCAUUUCUUAGUGCAUUUACCUUGUCAGCCUAUCUCUUCCUCCACAGAAAUGUAUUUAAGACAGUAUUAUAAUGGCCACUGGAUUGCUUCAUAACUUCUUACACCCUGAUCUAAACCCACAUAUCUGAUCAGUGUAAUUUCCAAAGUGGACUGAUCUUAGGCUGUAAACUGUCUGGGAGUCUUGGGGAAGUCUUGGACCCUAAACUGUCAUCUUUUAUAUAUUUAUUUUCACAGCAUCUUCUGACUUUUCUCAUUGUGGCAAUUCUGAGUCUUCAGAGUCUUACUGAACAAAAUGGACUCCACACUUUAAAAUAAGCCAGAUUUCUAAAAGUGUUUAUAUAUUUGGAACAUGUCAAUAUUUUAAUUUUUAUACCAUAUAUCUUUGAGUUUAUUUGA